CGUCGCCUUUCGAUUCCGGAAAUCUCGCACAUCAAGGCAGACCUAUUCCACAAGGCGAAAGCAUAUCUCCGUGCACAUUACGAUUGUUGAAGGGGCAAUUGACCUCCAACCCAGAAUUGGCCGUUGCCCGCUCAGAGUCGCUCAGCCUUAACUUCCAGCAGCCGGUGCGAUGCCAAGCUCGGAUCAUCCGAUCACUUCACGCUUUGCCGCUCUGAAUCCCUUCUCUAAGGAUGAAGAUAUCGAAGAUGAAAGAGGAGAGACGAUCACCGCCAACAGUGUCGCAGGAGGCGGUCACGGUGCUCGUGAGACCGGAAUCACGAAGAACAAACUGAGAAUCAGCCACGCUUUGAAAUCAUUCCUCGUCGAUCAGGGUGCCAUAUCUUAUCAAGACUCUAGUGCAGAUGACUUGACCGGAGCAUUACAAACCCUGCUCAACAAGCCUCAUAUCAAUGUACCUCCAAAUCUUACGGACAGAUCCCAUCCACUGCCAGAGUACUUCAUCAGCUCGAGCCACAAUACGUACUUGACAGCCCAUCAGCUCGUUGGUUCCUCUUCGGCCGAGUCUUACGAAACGGUUCUCACUGCUGGCUCACGGUGCGUCGAAAUCGAUGCCUGGGAUAAUGACGAUGACCCAGAGGAGCCAAAAGUCACGCAUGGCUACACCCUCGUGUCCCGCAUCAGCUUCCGCUCAGUUUGCGAGACCAUUCGAGACUACUCUGACAAGCAGGUCGCGGAAUCGGCCCAACAGGAGGGAUUCCAGGCUUCACCGAUUCUUUUGUCUCUUGAGAAUCACUGCAGCGCUCAGGGCCAGCUGCGCCUUGUUCAGAUUAUGAAGGAGGUCUGGGGUGACCGUCUGCUGAGCGAAGCUGUGAGGCAGGAAGGCCACCAAGAGCAGGAACAUGAAGGCAAGCAUGUUCGCCUUGAGGAGCUGGGGUUUAAGAUUGUCGUCAUUGUCGAACACCACCUCGUUGACGCAGCCGAUCAGAAAGAAGAUGAUGAUAGUUCAGACGACGAGGAUGAGGACGAAAAACGAGCCAGAAAAGCCUACAAGGACCAGAAGAAAGCAGCACCCGCUGCUCUCAUCAUACCAGAACUUGCUGACCUAGGCGUAUAUGCGCAGUCGGUCAAGCCGAGCGACAACUCGUGGUACGAAGUCGAUUCGGGGCUCAAAAAUGGUCCUCAUCACCACCUCAUCAAUGUCUCGGAGUCUGGAUUGUCUUCUCACAUGGAAACGGCAAGAGAGAAGAUCGGGCGCCACAAUGCUCAUCAUCUCAUGCGCGUCUUUCCAAAAGGAACCCGCAUCUCGUCCAAGAAUCUCAAUCCCGUUCCAUUUUGGGGCAUCGGUGCGCAAAUCUGUGCUCUCAACUGGCAAACUUUCGGAGCAGGCAUGCAGUUGAAUGAAGCUCUGUUCAGUGGAUCUGAUGGAUACGUGUUGAAGCCUGCAGCUCUCCGCGCUGGUGGCAACGGCGAGCUGAGCACGGGCAAGAUGAAGAAGUUGCGUCUCCACAUCGCCGGCGCAUCAGAUGUGCCUCUUCCAGACGGCCGUGACCCAGAUGAGAUCAAGCCGUACGUGAGCUGUCUUCUCGUGCAUCCAAAUGACAUGGAAAAAGCUCCUGCGAAACGCAAGACGGAACCUUACAAGCACCACAAACUUGGCUUUCUUCACAAGGGAGAGAACCCGCCAUCGAAUGAUCCGGUUUGGGACGAGACGCUGGAAUGGGAGUUUGAGGAUAAUGAGUUGGUGUUUUUGAGGUUGCUGGUUAAGAGUGAUGAUAGCUUUGCUGCGAAUCCUACGCUUGCUGUUGCAGCUGUGAGGUUGGUGUAUGCGGUUGGAGGGUGGACUUUUAUUCGCAUGUUGGACUUGAGGGGAAGGGAGACAAAUUGCUCGUUGCUUGUAAAGUUCGAGGUCGGGGAUGCGUAGUCACAUUUCAGUUCACUUUCGGCCAAAAUUCUCAGAUAGGCCUUGGUCAGUUCGAAGUUACAUGUCCAAAAAUAAGGCUGUUUGGUACGGAGAUACACUCCUUAGGCUCAGGGGUAGGUUUGCUUUGCUGAGCACUUCAGACAACCACUCCAUAGCAUCGAAUAGCCCACCCCCCCGGAAAGAAUCUACUUCCACUACAGUCAGCACUAGGCGCAAUGGGGUCACAUCCGAGUUGCACUUAGGGGUGCAGUGUAUUCGUACAAACGAAGCCAAUCACUUGC